AUGGGACGUGGCAAAUUGAAGUCGCGAUAUCCUGGCAGUGCUGGCGAUUUAACAGAGACACCUUCAGCAUACAGAGGCAAACGAGGACGAGGGGGGUAUAAAGGAACUCGUGGGAGACCUGGGAGAGGAGGUAAAACAUAUCCUGUUUUGGCAGCCUUAAGCGCUGCACAGUCUGCUACUCCGCCAAACGAUGUUGACCAAGAAAGCUCGGGUACUGAUGAAGGAAGGCACCGCGAUGAGAAUGAUUAUAUCCGAACUGUUGUUGUCACUUCGGAGAAACAUUCGUAUUUUGGUCAAGUUUCUGUUUGUCUAAUUUGUGGCAGCGUUGGAAAAGAUGCUGAGGGUACGAUGAUUUCGUGUGCUACGUGUGCACAGAGUUAUCAUACCUUUUGUGUCGGCCUGCACGACAAACUUAACCCUACGAUUGUCAAAAGAGGGUGGAGAUGCUUGGAUUGCACAGUAUGUGAAGGUUGUGGUGAAGGCCGUGACGAGUCUAAACUUUUGCUUUGUGAUGAAUGUGAUGUUUCAUGCCAUAUUUAUUGCUUAAACCCUAAAUUAGAAGAAAUUCCGAAAGGUCCUUGGCGUUGUAAAUGGUAUAGUUUGGUUGGACUAGUUCCCCAUUAUAGCCGUUUGUGUUCAACUUGUCGUCGUUGUUCUCAACAGAUUUCUAAUGGAGUUGACGUGUCCCGGAUGGAGGGUUUAUGUGACACGUGCUUCUCUUUAAAAAAGUGUGCGAAAUGUCAUCAUAUUUACGAAGUCGGUGAUCAUAUCAUCAAGUGUCAACACUGUAACAGGUGGUUGCAUGGAAAGUGUGAAGAUUUGUAUGGAGAAGAUAUGCUGGAAUCCGCAUCUGAGAACGGAUUUAGGUGCUCACUGUGUCGGCCGCAGGGCAACAUGCCGUUAAGCGAUUCGGCAAAUUUAGUUUAUGACUUUGUAGCUAUAAACAAGUGUGCUACAGAAGUACUACAUUCUAGAAAUGUUCCACUUCAUCGUCCACACAGUGUUUCUUCUGAUCCGAUUACAGAUGGCGGAGUACAGCAGUACACGGGUAGGACUCACUCUUUUGAUGGAUUUGCUUUUUUCUUCGUUCAAAAUAACGGGUAUGACGAUGAAGAAAUUGAGAAUGCUGGAGCAAACGCAAAUAGUGGACGCGGAAGAGGUGGUCGAGGUGGUGGGCCUGGAAGAAGGACAUUACGAUUGGGGAUUGGGGGGUUUUUUGUGAAGACUCCUCGUCAUCGGUUAUUAGCAGCUGAAGAGGAUGGGAACGUAGAAGAGGACUCGGUAUUAGGACAAAAGCCAAAAUUGAAACGUCCGAGAAAGCCUAGGAGGUCACAGUUAGAGGAUAAUUACCCUCCAAGUAUCCAGGAAGCGUUUUUUGGUUUAAAACCAAUUGAGGGCCGGAAUUUGUUGGAGGUGACCGUAAAAGAGCCGUCUUUACACAGCGAGUACACCAAAGCAUCUGUGUCAUCCGAAGCUAGUCGUGAACUGCAUGAGUUGAGCGAGUCGGGAACUGAAGCUCUCAGAGAUGGUGAAAAUUUUCUUGGAGAUUUGAUGGAUACAGAUUUGUUG